AAAACUGAGUUCAAACUACGAGAAAGUCUGAAGUCAAAGGCCGCGGGCAAUAUAAUAAUUAUAAUUCUGCGUCCUCCAUUUCUGUUUUCCCCAAAGCUUAUUGUUUCUUGGGUUACUCUCUAUAAACUAUAAUCCAUUUUAAUUAGGCCAACGUUUUCAAGAUUUUAGCUUUCAAGUACAUACCUUUUUUUACCUUGGGCGAAAUACAAAGCUGCAACAUGAAGUUCCCAAUUCCCUGCACAAGUUGCUUCUUCUCCUCACCUCAAAAGGUCGUGGAAAACGGGAUGCAAGAUGGAGAAAAUCAAGAAAGCUUCAGAAUUUUCUCUUCCAAGGAAUUGAAGUCUGCCACUAAUGGCUUCCAUUCCUCAAAAAAGCUUGGAGAAGGUGGCUUUGGCUCUGUCUAUAAGGGUCGGCUUAGAGAUGGCAGCCUUGUGGCUAUAAAAGUGCUUUCCACUGAAAUUGAAUCUAUGAGAGGAGAGAGGGAGUUCAUUGCAGAAUUGUCUACUCUGUCUGUAAUCAGACAUGAAAACCUUGUUAGGCUUCAAGGGUGUUGUGUUGAUGGAGCUGGCAGAUAUUUGGUCUACGAUUACAUGGAAAACAAUAGCCUCACACACACUUUACUUGGUGGAGAGCAAAACAGGAUGAGAUUUAGUUGGGAUGCAAGGAGGCAUAUUUCAUUAGGGAUAGCUCGAGGACUUGCCUAUCUGCACGAGGAGGUUGAACCUCACAUUCUGCACAGAGACAUUAAAGCCAGUAACAUACUUCUUGAUGAGAAUUUCACACCAAAAGUUGGUGACUUCGGCUUAUCAAAGCUGUUAAGAGACAACCAUUCUCACAUUAGUACUCGUGUAGCAGGGACAAUAGGUUAUCUUGCUCCAGAAUAUGCAAUUAGCGGGCGUUUGACGCGAAAAUCAGAUGUUUAUAGCUUCGGAGUACUGCUGUUAGAAAUUGUCAGCGGCCGUGCAGUUGUGGAUUUCGACUUGGAACUUGGGGAGCAUCACCUGGUUCAGAAGGCAUGGGAAGCAUUCAAGGCCGGUAAUCUUGUACAAUUAGUUGAUCCUACACUUCAAAUGAACUUUCCUGAAGAUGAAGCCGUCCGGUUCUUAAAGUUAGGCCUUCUUUGUGUGCAAGAGAUGGCCAAGCUCCGGCCGCCAAUGUCAAGGGCUGUUAAGAUUUUGUCUGGUGAGGUAGACAUAAAAGAUUCUCAGAUUUCACAACCGGGACUUAUUUCUGAUAUCAUGGAAAUCAAAAUGGGGCAACAGCAGUCAUGUGAUCAGAGCACUUUCUCCAAAGCCUCCACAGCCAGUAGCACGCAAAACCAGAGUAGAUCUGAGGACUUUGUGAUGUCCUUAUAACCAUCCUGCAAGGCUUAUUUUUCUCAACUUGUCCCAGGAAGAUCAUGUGAGCCUACAGAAGAUACAUUGUUUUUUGUUGGAUGUCUUUGUGUAUAUAUAUAAUCUGCACGCCAACUCCAAUUGGACAAGUCAUGUAGAUAUAUAACUCAAGACAACCAAUUUUGUUUUUUGUUUUUUGUUUUGUUUUUUUUUUGGGCUUUAAAUUGGUUAAUUAUUUGUGGGAUGUGGAGGUAGUUUUACUUUGUUUCUUGCUGUUGUUGAUAGUACAUUGCAGCACAGAUGUGUACAAAAUUACCUCCAAUAAAUUAAUGCGGCCACCUUCUCAGGUGUUUAACUUUCUCGA